AUGGCGACGCGCCGACAAGAGCUCCGGCCACUGGACUAUGUCUUCCUUGGGUUCUUCGCCAUCCACAUACCUGUAAUUAUCUUCGUCGACACUGGAAUACUAUGGCCAGCGGAACAUUUACCCAUCGUCAACAAGACUCUGCUUGAGUACUAUGUGGCAACCCUCAACGACCAGAACUUCGUUGAUCCCCCAAGAUUCUUCACAGCAUACGUCUGGAUGGAAGUUCUCUAUCACUUACCUCUUAGCGUCUGGAUGAUGACGGCCAUCCUGGAACAAAACCCUCUUGUACCGCUCCAUCAGCUCCUUUUCUCGGUACAAACGGCGGUGACGACCCUGACCUGCGUGGUCGAAAUGUUCAGCUGGCAGUAUACCCGAUUUGAGGAGAUCAAGCUCUGCACCAUCUACUCGUUAUACAUACUCCUGGCUCUGGUCAUGGGCUAUGAUUCAUUUAGCAGGGUGAGCAGUGCGCUUGAAGGCAAGGCGAAGAGCGCGUAG